AUGAUUGUUAAACCAUAUUCUAUAAGGCCGAUUGUGGGUCCCGUUCAAUUACUUGGUAGACGGAAUUUAAUGUCUAUAACUAAGUUUGAUACUAAGAAAUUUGUGCAAACAUUACAGCUGAAAGGUGGAUUUUCAGAACAGCAAGCAGAAACAGCUGUCAAUAUAGUAAAUAAAGCAAUUAAUGACGGGAUAUAUUCCAUAACUAGGAAUCUUGUUACUAAAGAAACAUUAUCGUCUACUGCGUAUCAGCAGAAGGUGGACUUUGCGAAGUUGAAAGGUGAAUUACAAACUAUGGAUAAGUCUGAAUUCAGUAACCUUAAGAAGGAACAGGAGAAUUUAAGGACUGAUUUAACAAACUUGAAGAAUAGGUUGAAGGAGGAUAUAACGAAAAGCCAAGCAGGUGUCAGAUUAGACUUGAACUUGGAAAAGGGUAGAAUAAGAGAGGAAAGUUCUAUUCAUGAACUGAAAAUUGAAGAUACCUACACGCGUAUUGACGAAGAAAUCUCCAAUAUGCAAAUGCAGAUCAAGUCUGUGAAAACCCAGGUUAUGCAAUGGUUGAUUGGUGUUUCGUCUGGUACGUUUGCUCUUAUGUUAGCAUUUGUUAGAUUUUUUGGUUAA